AUGAGCGCGGACACUUCGGCACGUCUUCUACAGCUCGAUCCGCUGCUCGAGGCCAAGAAUCCAAAUGUUCGAAACGAAGCGGCUGUUGCAUAUGGAAAGUUAUCUAUUUUUAAUGAAGACGUGAAAAAUAGUCUUAAAAAGCAUGCAAUUUCUCAAACUUGGGAAACAAGAGUGUCUGCUGGAAAAGCUCUACAAGCGAUACUUAUCAAUGUUCCGGACUUUGAUAGAAAUCAAGAAGACACUUCGAUUUCCGAAAGAAUCAAAAACAUCGUCGUAUUAAAUGUACAACGAAGUUUCAAAGCACUUCUCAGUGACGACGAGAAAUCUUUGAAAAAAUCAGCAAAAGAAGAAAGAAGAGAUCAACAAAAGCAAAGAGAAAUAGUGGAUCAGCAUCUGGAGUAUAAUCUUGUAACGGGAAUCAGCUCACAAAGAUUUCUAAGCGACGAUGAAUUCCUGCACGAAGGAGUAUCGAUGGAAACAGAACAACCAUCUACUAGUCAAGAAUUGGCACAAGUAGCAAAAACAGAAGAUCUAGAUGUGAAUAACGACGACGUGGAUGAUGAUGUAGAGAGACAAAAAAGACUAUGGAGAGUGUUAAGAGAGUUUAUAAAUUUGGUUGCUGAGCAACAAUGGUACGCCCGUCAUGGAGGAGCAAUUGCUAUCUGUCAAAUAGCCACCACUUCUUAUAAUAGGUUAUCCUACGAGCUAAUUGACUCAAUUCUCUAUCUGCUCAUCCACGUUUUGAUUCUCGACAAGUUCAACGACUUCAUCUCUGGGAGAAAUGCGACAGCACCAGUCAGAGAGCAAUGUGCUCAAGCUCUAGUUCAUAUGCUCCGAAAUACAAACGAAAAACGGCGAGAAGUAGUGCUAGAAAUCGUAGUGCAAAUGGUCAGUACACCUGGAGACAAUAAUUGGAAUAUUCGUCAAUCUGGACUUUUAAUUCUCAAAUACUAUUUUGCAAUUGCUAGAAGCAACGACAGUGCACAACAGAAGACGUUCGAUAGAUGUUUCAACCUAGUUAUACAAUCAUUAGAUGACCCAGUUGAUGAUGUCACUGGAUGUGCUGUUAAAACCCUUGCUUCUAUAUUGUCCAACAAAGAAAUUCCCCAAGAAGAAAUGAGUCAUUUGGUUGAGAAAGUGAUGAACCAUGUAUGGAAGUUACUGGAUUUAGAAGCAUCCAAAGAACAAUUGCGAGCUGGUCUCGACGCACUUUGUAUAGAUUUAUUAGAAAUUGUGGAGUUGUGGUUACGAUGGAAUCAGGAAUUGGGAAUCAACCGACAAAGCUUGCUGACGAUCUGCUCGAUUAUAGAUGCUGCCUUUCCGGUUAGAUGUGAGAAGAUUGUUCAGCUACUUGACGCAGAUAUUGAUAGACCACAGAAUGGGAAAUUGACUGCAGAAGACGUUUUCAUCAUUAUAAAACAGCUCUAUCGGAUUCUUCUGUUUUCUCCGCCCUCUGAUUCGCUCGCAUUUUUGGAGAAGACUUUCCUCACUUUUGGAAAAGUUUUCCGUACUUAUCAAAGCAUUCUAAUAGAAAAAGGUGAAGUGAGUCAGAAGAUUGGCAACUGGAUCGGGUGUCUUCUUCUGGAUCAUCGGAACCCACAAAUCGAUGUUUUUGCUUGCGAUGUUGAUGGAAUAUCCAGUGAUAAGAAGAAUCAGACAGAAUUGAUGGGUUCAGAAGAAAUAAGGUUUCUUGGAGAGAAAGAGAAGGACAAGGUGUAUCUGACUCGAAAGAUUCUUUGUGCCAAAUUCCUCGCGAUAAUUCUAGAAGCUCUUUAUGAAUCAGAAGCAGAGAUUCAAGGGCAGAAAGUAGAUGUAGCAGUACAAUUACUCUUUAUUCCAUUCUUCCAAUCGAAAAGUAUAAUGCAUAAUCUUGGAGUUUCAAUUGUUGCCAACGAAUGGGCGGCUCUUUACCGAGCAAAUCUAAAUGCGAAAAUCACUGAGAAACCACCACCAAUGACAAUCAUCCAGUUGGCUGAUUCGAUAGUAAGAGGUCCCGGAAAACAAUACGAUGAAAUGACGACUAUUGUGAUGGGUUUGACCAAAGAUUGUAACGAGUUCAUCGAAUACUGCGUUGUGCGAGGAUUCGAUCGUAAUAGUGCUGAGAACGGAUCUCCAGAAGACGUGAGCAAAGCAGCGUAUUCUACAGUUCGCCUAGCUUUGAAAACCGAUAAGCAACGAGAAGCAAUAGAUACAAGAUAUAAUACAUUAUGUAGAUCUAUUGAGAAUGCCAAGAUGAAUAUCAAAUCUAAUGGAAUCCGAAUUAACGCUCUUCUCUCCUCUGCCCUUUUUUAUCUUGGAAGUGCUCCAGAAAAGUUGACUCCACAGAUUCGUCCAAUCGUAGAAACUAUGCAAACAGAGGAAAACGAUGCGAUGGCUUCAGAAGUGUUCCGUGGCGCCGUCCCUCUUCUUGUGAUGUUCAGUUGGCCGCGUACUCCUCGGCCUUAUGUGAAAGUGCUUGCGAAAGCAUUUGAAUCGUUCUCUGGGUGCUCAGUAAGAGUACCAAAAGUUGGAAUGGCAAGUCCUGGAAGUCAAACGUCUAUUAUUAGUAUGCGAAGGAUAUGGGGAAAGGAAACAGAAGAUGGAUUUGAAGACAACGUUGGAACUGUAUCAGCAGAGAGCCGGAAUGCAGAGCUCGUGUUGACUAUUCUCUGUCAGUUCAAUGCUACCCAACUUGCUGAAUUUUACUCGCAUUUUGACUUGAGCGAAGCGGUCGAUCUAAAUACAUUCUUGACUCGCUUGGAGCUGCAUAACAGUCUUUGGAAUCGAGUUGGAUCGAGACUCUCCGAACAGUCUACUGAUAAGAUUUUUGAACUCGUACCUAACACGGAUCCAGCUAUUCGAUAUGCUUUUGCCAAGGCAAUCGAAACAUUCUGCAAGUCAUUCUGUGGAGAUACCCUCUCAAAAUGCUACUCCCGACUUGUUCAAUUAUCUCACGAUCUCAACAAUGUCAACUCUCGAUUAGCAGCUGUUGAAGUUUUUCUCCGUCUUUGCAGUAUGGAAACAUGCUAUCUGAAUGGAUGGGCGACUCUGUUGGCUCCACCUGUUUUUCAACUGCUCACUGAUCAAUGUGAAGAUGUUCGAGAUGCUGCUGGAGAAGCAUUCCGAAGGCUCAUUCCAGUGGUUACAUUAGAAAAUCCUAAUUCUACUAUCGAUGGAUUAAGUGCAGAACUUCAAGCGAAACGAGAAGAAUAUUCAAACUUCAUCAAUGUUCUCGGUGCACCAAGCAGUCUGCCACGUGUGAUUCGAGAGGAUAUUACUGGAGGUUUUGACUCCACCAUGCUUCGAGAGUAUCAAUUGGAAGGAAUAACUUGGAUUCGGUUUUUAAGAACCUAUGGACUUCAUGGUAUUCUAGCAGAUGACAUGGGUCUUGGAAAGACUCUUCAAACGAUGUGUUCUAUUGCUCUGUCCAUAGAUAAGGAUCAGUUAGAAGAGAAACAAAAAUGCUCGCUGGUUGUCUGCCCAAGAACACUUGUAGACCAUUGGUGUCUUGAAUGGAAUCGAUUUUUCCCAAAAAGAAUUCCAGCAGUCAAAAAUAUCACAAGAUGUCAGCGUGCAGAGUUAUGUGUCAUUCCAUAUGAAGAGUUGAAGUCAGCAUAUACGGCAGAUCGUGUAUGGAAUUAUAUUGUUUUGGAUGAAGGUCAUGUGAUGCGAAACUCAAAACGAAAAGCAUGGAAGUUCGCGAGUCAGCUAGUCUGCAAGAGUCGCCUAAUCUUGUCAGGAACUCCUGUUCAAAAUUCCCCUGCGGAUCUUUGGUCUCUAUUCACAUGGUUGAUGCCAGGAUAUCUUGGAACCGAGAAGCAAUUCAGAAGUCAAUUCCUCAAAAAGAUCAUGAAAUGCAGACUGCCAAAAGCCAAUGAAACGGAGCUGAAAGCAGGAUCAGCUGCCAUUACUCAACUUCAUAAACUGGUUCUUCCAUUCGUUUUGCGACGUUUGAAGACGGAAGUUCUUAAAGAGUUACCAGAUAAGAAUGUUCAAGAUUACGAAUGUGAGCUCACUGAGGAUCAGAAGGAUGUCUAUAGAUUCAUCGUGGAUCGAUGCACGUCUUCGUAUGAAGAAGUUCAGAAUAAGACUGGAAUUUCGAGUCUUGUAACUUUGAUAUCUUUGCGAAAGCUUACGGAUCACACCAAACUCGUCUAUGACACGCUUUUGAAGAUUGGAGCCCCACAAGACAUUCUUCAAAAAGCGUUGACUUCAAAAUCAGGAAAAAUGGAAGCGUUGAAACAGCUGCUUAUCGAAUGCGAGAUUUGCAAAAAUCCAGAUGAAGAAGUCGCGGCAGAAGCUGACGAGUUGGGAGGGCUGAACGAAGUUGGUCAAGGACACAGAGCAUUGAUUUUCUGUCAAUGGAAAACGUCAGCACAGUUGGUUUCGGAAGCUUUGCGUAGUGGAGAAUUUGGAAGUGUUGUGUCUCAUUUAGUCCUAGAUGGAAAUGUUCCAGUUGGAGAUAGAAUGAAAAUGGUAAAUCGUUUCAACGAGGACAAGACGAUUGAAGUGUUGAUUCUGACUACUCAUGUCGGAGGAGUUGGUUUGAAUCUCACUGGCGCUGAUACAGUAAUCUUCAUGGAUCACGAUUGGAAUCCAAUGAAGGAUCUGCAAGCAAUUGAUCGAGCUCACCGUCUUGGACAAACUCGAAAUGUCAAUGUUUAUCGACUGAUCACCCAAGGAACUGUAGAAGAAAAAGUGAUGAGUCUAGCGAAGUUCAAGUUGAAUACAGCUCAAGCUCUAAUUGGCGCUGAUAACACUUCAAUGAUGACUAUGGAAACUGGAGAAUUAAUGAAUAUGUUCACGUUGGAUGGAGAUGAACCAACAAAGAAGAGAGGAGAGACUUCUGGAGAACCAGCUGUCAAGAAGAGCAAAAAAGCCACAUCAUCCGGAGGGCCUUCAGAAGAGAUCAAUUUGGCGAGCAUGUGGGAUGAGAGUCAAUACGACGACUUCCAAGUCGACAAUUUUCUUAGAAACACAUAA